AUUUGUUAUCGGAUCUAAUAUUUUCAUGCGUUAAUUAACAUUAAUGAGCGUUAUUUUUGUGAGUAAAGCGCAAUCACACAUGAAUAACAGAAAAGGUGCGUCUCAUUUCGUUCCAUAUAUAGAUAUCGUGAAUGAAUUCAUCAUAAACACGAAUUUGGUCACAGGCAAAUAGCGAUUAAGAAACGGAGCUUUUUGAAACUCCGAGUCAAUUGAACCAAAUGCUUUAUGAUUCAGUGAUUCGAAGCGCUCGAAUCGCCGCGCGCUGACGAGACAUGCUGGUCAAAACAGUGUAAACGCAACGAGAAAACAAACAAACACGCGUAUUGAUUUUACAAACAACUACAAAUGUUUCCAUCAAAGUGUAAUCUAUCACUAAAUACCACAUGUAAAGAAUUAAUGUCUAGAUAGGAAUGUACUAUAUUUUGUUCCUUUAUCAAUUUGCAGCUCUAAUUUUGAGUGUUUUUUUUUAGGCUAAUCGGGUCAUUUAACGCCAUUAACUCUUACUGAAUCCCUUACCAGUGCACUGACUACUGAACUAGGGAGCGUAUUGAGAUGCACCCAGAGAUGUAGUUGGGAUUUAUUUUUCUUUCUAAAAACUCCUGGUGAAGCAAUUGAGAUCCAUGUGACAUUAUAAAGAUGGCGUUUAUUAAAGUGGAGAGUGAAGACCUGAAGAUUGAAGAAGUGUUCAGUCUGAAACAAGAAGAUACUGAGGAACAAACAAAGAUGGUGUUUAUUAAAGAGGAGAGCGAAGAUAUGAAGAUUGAAGAAACAUUCAGAGUGAAACAAGAAGAUACUGAGGAACAAACAGAUUCCUGUGAUGGCACCAAGGGUGUUACAGUUCGAGGAAGAAAGAGGAAGGGUACAAGUAAUUGGAAGUGUGUGCAGAAAAGAAGAAGAAUGAUGGGACAACCCUAUGUUGGGAUAAGCGGGAAAGAACAGGCUAACAUAGAGCCCCGGGUGAUGGGACCAAGAUGCCAGUCAGCUGGAUGUAUAAAGUCCUCCAAGCAUCACUGCAGUACAAUUGGAGAAGAAGACAGGGAGAACAUUUUUAAAUGUUUUUGGGAGAACAUGAACUGGGAAGAAAAAAAAAUGUACGUGCGUAGUUUGGUAGACGUCAUCCCAGUAAAGAGAAGAAGGGGGUCUGAAAAUUCAAGAAGGUCAUCUACUCUUAAUUUCUUUUUAAAAGUUGAUGGGCAGAGAAGAAGGGUGUGCAAGAGUUUGUUUUUGGCAACACUUGGACUAGGGGAAUGGUCUGCCCUUAACUGGGUGCAAGACACAGGAAAUACACAGCAGAAUGCAGCAUUAUGUCACAGACGUGAGGCUCAAGAGUUCAUGAAGAGUUUUCUACAGGAUCUCCCUAAGGUGCCUUCCCACUUCUGUAGGUCGUCAACUUCAAAACAGUACCUGGAGCCUGUCUUUAAGUCCGUGAUUGACGUGUAUAAUGUGUACCAUCGUGCUGCUGAGGAAAAGAUGCUGAGACCUUUCUCAAGGCAGGUGUUCUCAGAAGAAUUUAGGCAGCAGAACCUGAGUCUUUACCAUCCAAAGAAGGACCAGUGUAGUACCUGCUGCUCCUUCAAGGCUGGUAACUUGUCAGAUAACGAGUGGCAGGUCCACUUACUUAAAACCGAAGAGGCCUGUGCAGCAAAAUUGCAGGACAAAAAUGAUGCGAGUGAGAAGACCAUGGUUGUCUGCAUGGAUCUACAAGCGCUCCUCCUUUGCCCCAGAUUCAACUCAUCGGCUCUUUACUAUAAAACAAAACUUGCCGUCCACAACUUUACAAUUUAUGACAUGUCUACACACAACACCACUUGCUAUGUCUGGCAUGAAGGUGAGGGAGCUCUGUCUGCCAGUGAGUUUGCAUCCUGUGUCACCGAUUUCCUCUCUGAGCACAAGGAGUAUGAGAAGUACAUUUUGUGGAGCGAUGGUUGUGGCUACCAAAACCAUAAUUUGGUGCUCAGCAAUGCUCUUCUGAAGUUUUCCACAGAGAAUGAGAAGGUAGUCAUUCAGAGGUUCCUUGAGAAGGGGCAUACAGAGAUGGAAUGUGACUCAGUGCACACUGUCAUUGAGAGACGUCUGAGAAACCAGGAAAUCUAUGUCCCAGCGCAAUAUGUUGCCCUGAUGAAGACGGCGUGGUCCAAGCCCAACCCGUAUAAAGUAAAAUAUGUGGACCAUAACUUCUUCCAAGACUUUACCAAACUGAGGCUCUGCAAGUCUAUCCACCCAGGGAUCAAACUCGAUGACCCAUCUGAUAUCAGAGCCAUCAGGUACAACAUUAAUGGCACGAUGGACUUCAAGAUCCAGCACUCGGCUGAUUGGACUCCAUUUUCAAAGAACCAACAAAUACAACACACCAAUUCAUCCUCACCUUCAGUCACUCCACUCUAUACAGAGAGCCUGAAGAUAAAGGAGAUGAAAUACAGACACCUCCAAGACCUCAAGGAGAUCAUACCAAAAGACUUCCACAGCUUUUAUGACAAUCUAAAACACUAGGAAACACAAAGUCACUCACUCACAUCCAUGCACACACACAUACACAAAACAAAAUGACAGACUGUUAAUAAAUUGCUGGUUAUGAUUGUCAUUGUUGGUAGAUGCAUUGCUGUAGUUUUGUGAGAUCAAUUUUUCAAUGGGUGCCAUCCUUUUGAGAGUGCCUCAGGCCAACAGUUCUGGAGCGCAAGCUUUCUGUCAGAUGAUAUAAAUGCACAGUAGCAAAAUCAUGCAACCUACCCUAUUGUUGUUUAAAUUGUUCAUUUUGCUACUGUGCAUACAUCAUCCAAUGUAAAUUAAAGGAACACUCCACUUUUUUUGAAAAUAGGCUCAUUUUCCAACUCCCCUAGAGUUAAACAGUUGAGUUUUACCGUUUUCGAAUCCAUUCAGCCGAUCUCCGGGUCUGGCGGUACCACUUUUAGCAUAGCUUAGCAUAGUUCAUUGAAUCUGAUUAGACCGUUAGCAUCUCGUUAAAAAAUGACCAAAGAGUUUC